AUGAGAGAUUUCGGAGUCGAUACUCUCUACGAGGAUUUCUGGCAAGUUUUCGUCGAGCUCCAAUCUCGCAUGAAGCACAAGGUCUACCUCACUCUUCUGGCGCAACGACUGUACAAUGAAUUCAAAUACCCGAUGAUGACGCUCCCAGGCCCUUACAACCUGUUCCGGCUUGCUUUUCCUUUCUUCGAUGACUUGAGAUUCCUGUUCGGCAAAGGCGAUCUCGAUCUGCAAAAAGUAUUCCACACCAUCAUACAAGGAUUCAGUCAGGUAGCACGCGAGCAAGGUUUAUGCAGGAUAUACGUCGCACUGAAACCAUUCGUCUUUAUAUUCGAUGCGGUAGCGGUGGAGUCGCUAAUCACAUCAAACGAGCACAUAGACAAAGCGGAUGUAUACAGAAUUCUUCACCCAUGGUUGGGGACAGGACUUCUCACCAGCUCAAGCGCAAAAUGGCGCUCACGGCGAAAGUUGUUGACUCCUGCGUUUCAUUUCUCAAUUCUGGACGAGUUCGUUCCUUCGGUCAAUCAACAGAGUUUGAUUUUGGUUGGAAGAUUAAGAGGCCAUGCAGAGGAAGACUUCGACUUGGUCAACGACGUCACUUUGUGCACGCUUGACGUGAUAUGCGAGACGGCGAUGGGGAUAAGCGUCCAGGCUCAGCAAGGUUUCAACUCGGACUACGUUCAGGCUAUUUACGAUCUCGGUAACUCCAUGUACGUGAGACUCGCCCGUCCUUGGUUGAAAGCCGACUUCGUGUUCAAGAUGUCGAAAGAGGGCCGAAAAUUCCAGAAAUCUCUCGUCAUCCUGCAUGGCUUCACGCGGAAGAUAAUACGAGAACGGAAGCAGAAGCGCUUAGCCCAAAUGAAUGGAACAACGACAGAUGAUCUCGGUAUAAAGAAGCGAGUCGCCUUUCUGGAUCUCCUCAUGGAUAUACACGUCGAAGAGGGGAGCCUAUCGCUUGAGGAUAUCGCGGAAGAGGUGGACACCUUCAUGUUCGAAGGACACGACACAACCGCAGCUGGAAUCUCAUUCUGCCUCUAUCUUCUGGGACUGAGCCCGGACAAGCAGGAGCGCGCGCAAAGGGAACUUGAUGAAGUCGUUGGAGACGCCUCGCACAUCACCACGGAACACCUACCGCGGCUCAAGUACUUAGAAGCUGUAAUUAAGGAAUCUCAACGUUUGUAUCCAUCGGUACCGAAUGUUGGCCGUAAUCUUCGGAAGGAUCUCACGAUGCCUAAUGGGGUGACGAUACCUGCGGGCUCAACCUGUAUCGUGGCUAUUUCUGAACUGCAUCGGAAUCCGAAGUACUUUGAAUACCCCUUGGAGUUCAUUCCUGAGCGCUUCCUGCCAGAAGGAAAACAUCUGAUGGCGAAAAAUCCGUUCUGCUUCAUUCCCUUCUCUGCCGGGCCGCGGAAUUGCAUCGGACAGCGAUUCGCCAUCCUCGAAGAAAAAAUCAUCAUAGGUCACGUUCUCCGCAAUUUCUCAAUCAGAUCCCUUCAAGAACGCGAUGAAUUAUUCCUCAGUGUUGAGCUUGUGACCCGCUCCCUCUGCGGGCUGCGCGUUAGACUAAACGAACGGCAACGGCGCAAGACGUUCCGGAGUGACGAUCUCAGAUAAGGGGACACCUCUGUCUUACUUGAGAUUAGAGAGUUCACGCU